AAUAACUAGACAUAAAAGUUUUAUAAUAAAUUUUGUACGUUUAUUGUUUAAAAGAUUAUAUUUAAAAUAUUUGUUAGUAAAAAAAUAAUAGCAUAUAUAUAAAAAUUAAUCAAGUAAACAAUAAAAAUAUAUUGUUAUAAUAAAAUAUUUAUAAAAAUAGUAUGUAUUACAAAUAUUGAACAAGUAUAACCUCUAUUAUUGAUGAUUGAUAAAAAUGGAAGAUAAAACAAAAAGUGAAUCUAAAGUAGCACCAGGAGAUGGUAUACGUUCUCUCAGGAGUACAAUGCUGUUUAAAGCUGUUAAUUUUGAAUUAUAUGCACGCCCGAAUAUGAUAAUAAUGGCAUUAGGUUUGACUGCAAUGAUUGGCUGUUCUGGAUAUAUUUAUUAUAUGCGAUCAAAAUAUGAAGAUAUGGGUUAUUAUACAGCUAUUGAAUCCGAUGGCAAGGAAACAUUUAAAAAAAAAGAAUCUAAAUGGAGUACUUAAUUAUAAGUAGCAAUAGCUUAUUAAAAAAACAUUUUUUUCAAUUUUUGAAAUUAUAUUCAUAAUGAUUAUAGAAAAAUUUUUGUUCUCAUUUGAUGAGAACUUGUAUUGUUUACUAUUAUUUAUUGAAUGUAUUAGUGAAAAAUGUAAAUAAUUAUAUUAUAAAAAAAUAAACAUUAUUUAUUCAUUAAUUAAUAUAUUUAUUUUUUCAACAAAUAACAUUAAUUUUGUGACAUAAAUCUCAUUGUCUACAACUAAUAUUAUUAAUUACACACAUCUAUCAUGUCGUAACACACACAGCAGUUUUUCUUUUAUAUAUAUUUAUGGAACUUAUGAAUUUUUAUAUUGUAUUUUAAGAAAAAAAGUUAAAAAAUAAAAUUUUUAUUAGUAAUUUCUCUUAUAUUCUUUUUUUUCACUUGUUAGAUUUUUUUUUUGCAAGUGUAGACAUUUAAUUUGUGUAGAAUUAUAAAAAAUUCGAGUUUCUGAUUAAGUAAACUGUUUAUCGAAAAAGUCAGUGUCAUAACUAAAUAUCAAACCCUUAAGGUGAAAUGAUAUCGGACCUCUUUUUCAUACUCAGAAAUAUAAACAAAACUAUUUUUGUUAAACUUGUAAAAUAAAUUAGAAUUUUAAAACAAUUUUUCUCGAAGAUGAAAAAGAAUUAUCUAAAAUACGAAAUUUAUAGUCAUCUGUUGAGAUUCUAGAAAAUGCCAAAGAAUCUCGACUAGAGGUUUCAAAUUUUGAAUGGUGAAUUAAAUUCAAUCAUGGAUCGUUUACCGCUACUUCUUAACAUCAAACGACAAAUUCCUGAUUUAAAAAAUGACUUGGAAUAAUUUAAAACAAUUUAAAAUGAUUUAAAACAAUUUGAAUCGACUAAUAUAUAGGUAUACACUUAACAUGGAGCAAAUCAUUUUUCUUAAUCAGGGAUAAUAUUGCAUGCCUGAUGACUGACAUUUGACAUUUUGGAUUAGAUAUUUAUUCAUGUAACUUAACGAUUUGUUAAGAUUUACAUUUGUAAUGAAAUUACUUCAUAUAAUUUAAUAGUAAAUAUUUAAAAUCACCAUCAAAUUCAUAAAUUUUUUAUUUAUUUUUUUAAAUUAAAAAACAUUCGACAUAAAAUGCCUAAAAUUUAUGUAAUAUUUUUUCUGAGUAUUUAUUUUCAAUUUGAUAUUUGCAUUUAUAUAUAUAUAUAUAUAUAU